CUCGCUCCCGCCCGCUACCCAGCCGGGAACAUGGGAGUCCGGCUGCCCUUGCCCGCGGUGGGGUGGCUACCUGGGACCCCAGUCGGGCGCCUCUGUCUGUCUUUCUGCUUCUGGGCUUUCUGAAAAGCUUCUAAGUUCCGGUACCUCUUGCAACUCUCUUCUGUUUAAAGGAUCCUUCUUAAAGGUUUGAUUUAAUUUUCCCCUGGAGAAGCUUUGGUUGAAUAUUUUUCACAGCUUUACUUCUUCAACCAACCUCCUCUCAUCAUGCUUUAACUUUUUUGUGACUUGUUUUAACUUGAGAUUGGGAGUGAAUACAUACACAUACUGACAUAUAUACAGAUAGACAAUUAUAUAAAUACAUAUAUAUCUCUAAAAUUAUUUUCCAAGAGCUCAUCUCUCUGGCACUUUUCAUUGAUACCUCUGUCCUUUACCUGUUUGGGAUUUGAGAUACAGACUCAGUGUGGCUGUGGAUUCUGAUUGUUUUGCAAAUGGUUAUUUCUUCAGGAGAACUGGGUUUCCAGCACUCACUAAGAUGGAUCUCUGAGUAACUGGGGACUUGGCCUGCCUUGCCCACUGAGCUUGAUGGAAGAUCAGAUGUUGAUGAGUUGAUUAUAUUCCACGAAGUAACAGCUCAUCACCAGCCAGAUUUUAAACUACUUUUUAAGCAUCACUUCACCUGUGGACUCUUCUAAAUUUUGCUUUUUUGGAAAAAAAAAAAAACCUGGGGUAAGAAGAGGUCAUUUUUUAACAAGUUAGCAUCCCUUUCCCUCCAAGUUGAUGCACAGGAUAAGGCCGUGACUCCAUUGGGCUGCACCUUUAAAUCAAAACAGCAGAAGAAAGGGACAAUGGCUCUGAGUGGAAAUUGUAGUCGUUAUUACCCUCGAGAACAAGGGGCCACAGUUCCCAACUCCUUCCCUGAAGUCGUAGAGCUGAAUGUUGGGGGUCAAGUUUAUUUCACUCGGCAUUCCACACUGAUCAGCAUUCCUCAUUCCCUCCUGUGGAAAAUGUUCUCCCCAAAGAGAGACGUGGCGAACGAGAUAGCCCGGGACUCCAAGGGAAGGUUUUUCAUUGACAGAGAUGGAUUUUUGUUCCGUUACAUUCUGGACUAUCUCAGGGACAGGCAGGUGGUCCUGCCUGAUCACUUUCCAGAAAGGGGAAGACUGAAAAGGGAAGCGGAAUACUUCCAGCUCCCGGACUUGGUCAGACUCCUGAGUCCUGAUGAGAUCAAGCAAAGCCCGGAUGAAUUCUGCCACAGUGACUUUGAAGAUGCCUCCCAAGGAAGCGACACAAGAAUAUGCCCUCCUUCCUCACUCCUCCCUGCUGACCGUAAGUGGGGUUUCCUUACUGUGGGUUACAGGGGAUCCUGCACCUUGGGUAGAGAGGGGCAAGCAGAUGCCAAGUUUCGCAGAGUCCCCCGAAUUUUGGUUUGUGGAAGGAUUUCCUUGGCAAAGGAAGUCUUUGGAGAAACUUUGAAUGAAAGCAGAGACCCUGACCGAGCCCCAGAGAGAUAUACCUCCAGAUUUUAUCUCAAAUUCAAGCAUCUGGAAAGGGCUUUUGAUAUGUUGUCAGAGUGUGGAUUCCACAUGGUGGCCUGUAACUCAUCAGUGACAGCAUCUUUCGUCAACCAAUAUACAGAUGACAAGAUCUGGUCAAGCUACACUGAAUAUGUCUUCUACCGUGAGCCUUCCAGGUGGUCAUCCUCCCAUUGCGACUGCUGCUGCAAGAAUGGUAAGGGCGGCAAAGAAGGGGAGAGCGGCACGUCCUGCAAUGAUCUCUCUACUUCCAGCUGCGACAGCCAGUCCGAGGCCAGCUCCCCGCAAGAGACAGUCAUCUGUGGGCCCGUGACACGCCAGACAAACAUCCAGACUCUGGACCGUCCCAUCAAGAAGGGCCCAGUCCAGCUGAUCCAGCAGUCAGAGAUGCGGAGGAAAAGUGAUCUGCUCCGGACUCUGACUUCAGGCUCUAGGGAGUCGAACAUGAGCAGCAAAAAAAAAGCUGUUAAGGAAAAGCUCUCAGUUGAGGAAGAGCUGGAGAAAUGUAUCCAGGAUUUCCUAAAGAUCAAAAUUCCAGAUCGGUUCCCUGAGAGAAAACACCCUUGGCAAUCUGAACUCUUACGGAAGUAUCAUCUAUAGGGGAGGGCUGGGGGUGGGAGAAGAAAAACAAAAACAAAAUCAAGUUACCGUUUUGAAAUAAACCUCCUAAAAGAAAUUCAUGUUUUAAAGGAAAAAUAACAGCUAAUGAUACAUAUUUGUUAGACCAUAAUAGUCCACUGAUGUACACUACUGCCUACUUUUACCUAGUUCACCUUAACAUGCAAAUCCACAGGGUAAAUUUCUUUCCAGAUGUGGAAAUACAAGAAAAAAAUUUCUGUUGUUGUUUGUUAACUUGGUCCCACGUACUCAGUACCUUCUAUACAAUGAGAACCAGCUACGUGAGAGUAGCUGUCAGACCUGGGGAGUCAUUUAUCCCAAACUGGGCUUUUUCUCUCAUUUUCUACCUCCUUCCCUUGAACGAGGAUAUGUGGUAGAAAGAGAUCUGGCCAAAUGGCAUAGGUUUAGUUUUUACUAUUAUUCUUUCCUUUGUUUAUGGGGUGAGGGGAAAUGGCAAAUUUAUAUGAUUUUUCACUUAAAUCUGUACGUGCCAGUUUAUAUUGACUCCGUAUGCAUGAGUAUUUGUGCAACACAAGCACAACUAAGUCUGUACAUACACACAGCGCACAGGACCCAGGGCCUGGACAUCCUAAGGACUGUACUCCUGUUGCCAGCAGCCCCUUCCGGAGCCCUUCAGACACAUGAGCCUCUGCCUGUUUCUUAAAAUGCUCACUGGCUCAUGGGCAGAUUUCCCAGCCUCUCUUGGCAACACUUUGUAACAUGGAAUAACCCUCAUCAUCAACAAAUUGUCUUUCUUAUUUUAAAAUUAAUACCCUCAGGCUCCAUUUUACAACUUUGCUCUUUCUCUGCAUUAGGAGAGGGUGAGAAGAGCUAGUCAGAUACUCUGUACAUUAAACAAACAUUUAGAUUCAUAAAAAUAACUACUGAACGAAUGGAAUCAUCACCCUCCUCUCCGUGUUUCAGAGUUCUUAGCAGCAUUUUACUGGUGUGGCCUCUCUACACAGUUCACACAAAAUCCUCCUUGUGGAUUGUGGAGCUAAGAACAACGUACCAUAUUUGGAUAAGGAUAGAGCUUUUGUUUGUUUUCGAGGAAUUGCAUUUCACAUACCUCCUAAUUAUUUCUCAUAAGAAUUUUAAUUACAAUGCUACAUUAUUACUUGCUGUAGCCAGUUUUGGUUUGCCUUUAGGAUUCUGGUAUUUGGCUGUAUCCAUACUAAGGUGUAGUUGUGUCAUUUCUAUGAUGUCCAUGACAAUCCAACUAGGUAGCUGGAGCUCCAAAGUUAAGAUUUCGGCUUUCUAAACUAUCUUUUUUUUUUUUUAAAUCAUAUCCUUGCCUGUAUGGACACAGCCAAAAAGAAAAUGUUAAUAGCCAUCCGUCCAUGUGACUUUGUAUUUUAUUAAUGCACCAACAGCUAGUUCUUUUGUAGACUCGUACUAAAUGAAGGUUAAAAGACCAGUUUUAAUUUUCAGCCUUCCUCCUGCAUUUCAGUGGUAACUGAAAAAAGAUCAUUGGUCAUUCAUUACGUGCCAAGUACUCUUAAAUUUUUUGUGUGUGUUUAUGUGUGUGUGUGUGUGUGUGUGUGUGUGUGUGUAUCAAAGGUAAUAAGGGCAACUGGAUGGUGCCUGUAGGAGAAAAUCCUAAUGAUCACUUUUCUUCUUUUUGAAAACUUUUUUUGAUACACAUUUACUACGUAAAAGUUUUGUAUUGAUUUCUGUUAUUAGUGGUAUCAGUGUAUGAAUACCUUUUCUAAAUUUUUGUAUUUCUUGCCUUCACUCCUGGGCAAUAGACUCAGGCAAUGUUUCCUUGUCUUACUGAUUCAAAUGGAGUUUAAAAUUUUACUUAGGUAAAAGAAAGAAAUUUAUUUUAGGAGUCAUCCAAAGAAUUAUAAUUUAUGAAUUUGAGUGUUCUUUUAUGUAUCAAUAUAUUAGCAGGUAUUUAAUUUUAACUACAACAUAGCUUUGCUUGUAAAACCCAUCUAUAAGCCUUCAUUCUUCUAAGUGUGUCUUAUGAUACAUCAAAAUGCUAUCAUCAGAAUUGCAGAGCUCAGUGAGUUAUGGAUUAUAAAUUGAAUUUGAAACUUAAUUAAAUAAUUCUUGUAGUCUCAUUUGGAAGAGCUUUAAAAAAAUUUGGAGUUUAAGUAAAUUGGCCAAAGCCUCAACUUCCUAAAAUUUCAUACCUAGCUAUAAUAGCAUGAAGUUAGACACACAAGCAGACAAGAACUGAAGAACUGAGUUGUCAGUCAACCCACUUUUUUUACUGUGUAUAUCAAACUGGAAAUUCAGUACUGUGCAAGAGGUGUUCAUGGCACUGACCCUCCAGCUCCUGGGCAGCUAUGUUAUUUUGUUUCAGUGCAGGUAUUUUUAUAUACCCAGUGAACAAAAGUAGUAGUAGGAAAUCUUUUAAAACAACAACAGGACACUUACUCUUAGCUGGCUCUAGACUGGCACCUUCCCCUUUGUAAAAUUUCUAAUAGUUAGGUCAACAGCAUGGUGUUAAUCUGUGCGGUGUUGGAAUAGAGACGAAUAUCAACUGGGUCGGUGAGUGGCUCUGAGGACUUGCUGAGUUACCUACUGUGGCCCAGGCUGACUGCAGCAGUGGAAAUGAGUUCUAUCUGUGUGAGUUAUGAGAAUAAAUGUUCUAGUGGCUCAGGCAGUCAGUCCUUUUUCACUGAAGUUAAAGUGGUUUUCAGAAUUUUCAGUUCGAUUGUGGACAAAACCAUAUAGGUAGUUCACUUGUUGAACAUUGGUUAUGACAAGGGCACUGAAUUAUUGAUAUGAAGAAACUAAUGGUAUCCGGUGGGUCAAAUGAAUGGGGAAAUCUUAUUGUAGAGCACCCCCCACUUCAUCCUUUAGGUUGUCUCCCCCCAAAUCCCACAAUGCUAAAUUUAAUGAGCCUGGGAAGGCCUUUCCCUAUAGGUGUAUUGGUCCCCGAGUCAUAAACAUAUUGAUGAAGCCCUCUUACCUCCUAUCAACAAAAAGAAGUAAUCUACAUUCAGUAGAAAAAUGGCAAGGCAGGAAAAUAAAAAUACCAGAUCGCUCCUUCCUAUGCUAAGAAAUGAUUGUACUGAGAUGUGGUCACAGAAAAACGCGAAGUGGCUUCCAAAGUAGAGUUCAGUGAUGUUUUCCUUUGAAAUUACAAGCACAGAUACCUUACUGGAAAUGCCCAAGUGGCAAUUUAAAAUAAAAGAGGAGAACAAUGCUCUCAUUAGCAUCUCUUCUGCUCCUUAUUACUUCAUAGUUACGUCUGUUCCAACUGAUUCACUUUUGGGGGCACACUGAUUAAAGGGGGCUGACAUGGAACUUUUCAAUUUUCAGUUGGCCUUGUUUGAUUUAGGGGCACCCUUAUUCACAGGCACAAGUGUGUUGCUCAUUUUGAAUUCUCUUGUUAACCACUGCUUGUGCUGCUAGUUUACUUUUGUUUCCCUGGGCUUUAUACCCUCCCUGAGUGUCUUUUGUCAGUGUUAAGCAAAACAUGCUCCAGUGAGAAAAAGGAAAGGUGUUUUUGCAAAAUCACUUGACACUAGUUCCUGCAGUAGGAGUCAAACUUUGAUUCUCAAGCAUCCUUUUUCUGCAGUUUCACCCUUUCAAUUUUCACCUACUAUAAAGGCCUAACGGCAUGUGAGUGCUGGUAUUUUCUGCCACUGGACACAUUGCUGGGGAAUUUGACUAAACUUGGACUUCUAGAUGAUCUUUACUAGGAUUAAUAUGAAUUUUCUCUGAACUUUUUGGAAGGAAUCUUUGUCACCUCCACUUGACAUAGCAAUUUUUAAAGGAAAAAUAAAGGAAGUUAUUUUUCCCUCAGAUGACUCUGGCAGAUAAAUGUUUUUGCCAGUUUGAAUGCUGGGCGAUAGGUUAGUAUGAGCCAUUUCUCUUUCAUAUCUUGGUAUAGUUGAUGCCUUGCAAUCUUGAUGGCCCACUGUUUCAAUUUAUUUAUUUUCUUUUAUAUUGUACAAAUAUAAAGACUCAAAAUGAGUGUUCGGUGUUCUGAGUUACAGUGGAGUUAGAUGUCAUUCGUACAAGCCUCUACGAUGAUUAAUAUCUGCAGAGAAAUUAGACCAAAUGAAACCUGCUGGAAUGGGUUUGAUUUAUAUUCCUUUCAUCCUUCUGUUUGUAGACAAAAUGGUUAUUGUUCUCCACCCCUGCUGAAAGAGAAGCCUUACACGUUAAUAAUCACAAUCUUGUGAUGCAACCUGAGUUUGUUUGCAAUGUCUGCUUUCCUCAUCUUGCUGUAUACAUUGGAAUGAAGUCUUUCCCCAGCUACCUUUUGUGAACAUUUCAGCAGGGAUUCACAGCACUCAAUAUGCACAAAAUCAUCUAGCAUUUUUUCGAUGCAGAUUUCUUCACCUUAAUGCCAAAGUUUGAGUUAGAAACUUGAAUCAAGGCCAAAGAAUCUGCAUUUUGAAAAAGCAUUCUUACUGAGUUUACUGAAGACAGUCUGUUGACCUUUUUUGUUAGUAACUGCUAUUUGGAGACUGUGGAGAGGUCAGGGUUUCUCUCACAUGCUAAUGGUGCUUCCUUAUCCUCUAACAUUCUUCCCUCUACAAAUAAGUGAAAGCAUGUAUUAUUCAUUAUUCUAAAAGAAGGGGCUCAAAACAGAACAUUGGUAGUACUGGGGUAGAUUAGAUUUUAUCAGGAUCCCUUUGCCAUCCAUCUGCCUCUCAGCCAUAGUCCCUUCCCUGUAAGGUGCAUUUGUGCCCCAUCCCCACCCCAUCAUUAUAGUUUUAUGCCCAGGUAGGUCACAGUACAUCUUUAAAUGAGAUAUAUCCUGAUACUAUCGAACCAGGAAUAAAGAAAAGGAUCUUUUCCAAGGAGAGCUUCUCAUUUGCUUACUCAUUUUGAGUCAGAGAGACUUGAGAAGCCAUCUGUUACUUAAUGAUGGCUAUGGCCCCAAAGCUCAUUCUGUUAGAUCUAUGUGGAUAUGUAUUGAUUAAUGAAUUUGGGUUAUAUUGUCAAUAAAAUCCUGAACCACUGAAAUAUUUAUUUUCCCCACUUUGUGGUAGAACUAUGAGGAUCUCAGAUAAUGAAGUUCUUGAAUGCUAAAAAGUUAAAGGAAAACCCCAUAUAUGAGAAUAAUUGCAAAAGGAAGAAGGGAUGCUUCCAAAUGGUAUUAUUCCACACAUAAUAACACAAAAGAAAGUGCAAGUGAAGUCUUAGAAUUUUUUAGUCACUCUGAUCAAAAGAGAUGGCUAUGCUGUGAUUAUUCAAAUAAAAAACAUAACAAAAACAAACACCCUAUAAGGCUGUAAUGAUAACCUAGUUGGCCCUACCGACAUUAUAAAGUCACAGAACAGAUGCCAGAUUCCCACUUUAUAAGAAAUAGAGAACGGAUGGAUUAGAGAAUGAAUGGCUUGUCAUGAUCAUUAGUGAAUAUUUAGUUAAAGAUUAUUGCCAAAGCAAACUAAUCAUUAAUAAAAUUGAUAAACUUGUGCUGCUAAUUAAGGUUACUUGGUCAAUAUAAAACCGAAACAAAUUUGAUUUGGUUUGUUGCCUUCUCUCCUCUCCUUCCCCAAAUGCGAUCUCUGCUCCCCCAACUUCCUGACCUUUAAAGAAUGUUCCACUUGUUUGUGAACAAAUUGUGUUGUUAAUUGGAUAAUUAAUUUUAAGUUUUAGACCUUCAUUCUUGCUUUAUUGAGGGGAAUUACUUUAAAAACCAUAAAGAAAAAUGUAUCCUGGCCCAGCAGUUAUGAGGGGAGUUGUCUUGGGGGAGGGUGAAGGUUAUUUUCCUAUCAAUCAACCUUUAAAAGCACUUAACAAGAGAUUUAGUAAGUCUUCUUUCUCCAGUGAAUGCUCCACUAGGCAAUUCAUUCUUAGAUUGACCUUUAGCUAAUUUGUCUACAUUUGCACAAUUAAAAUCAGUGUUACUUCAGAUCCUCCUUGAUGUGGGUUCCAUCCAUCACAAUGGAAACAGUUGAUACACCACGAAAUAGUGAAGAAUUGUCUCAAGAUUGUAUUUGUGUGCAUGUAUGUGUGUGCAUGGGGUCUAGGUGUACUUUUCAGGUUAGUGUUGGGUCACUGGCUAAUGUGCAUGUGAGUGCUGAGUGCCAUAAGGGAAGAACUCUUUGGUUACAAAGUUGAACAGCUUAGUUCUGAAGGAUGCUUGUCUUAUGGUGGAUAUCAGUCCUUGAGAAUGUUGAGUAAAAUGGUCUUUUAAUAUGACAUUACAGAUUUGUGGGAGAAAAUCAAAACGUUUUUUUAUUUAAUGGUCAAGAAUAAUGUCUUACCAAAAAGAAAAGAAUAAGAAAGAAAGAAGAAGAGGGUACUAGGACCCAAGACUUCAUUGCUAGGUAAGCACUCUUCUACUAAGCUGCACCCCCAGCCUCUUAGAAUUCAAUUUUGAAAGCUAAAACAGACACAGAAUUCACAUUGAUCACCAGCAGUUUUUCUCAGUUAUAGCCAGUGGUCCAUAGUUUUAUCUUUUUAUAUGAAAGAGAGACGGAGACAGUUUUAAGAAAAGUCUCUUUGAUUUAUGUGGCUUGUGUACAUUUAAGUUAGUGAUUCUCAACAAGGAAUGAUUCUGUAGCCCAGGGGGCUUUUAGCAAUGUGUGGAGACAUUUUUGAUUUUCAUGAUUGAGGGGUGCUGUUGACAUCUAAUGGACGGAAGCUAGAGAUGCUACUAAAAAUCCUGCAGUUCACAGUAAAGACUGUUACAACGUAGAAUUAUCCAUCCCCAAGUGUCAACGGUGUUUAGGUUGAGAAACUCUGAAGGCUUGGUUUAAAUUUGUGAAGCAUUUUCCUGUACCAUGUCCAGAAGUGAUAAGAUAAAAAAGAACAAUAAUAAUUAGUUACCAAUUUAAAUGUAUAUAGGGUUUACUUAAAAUUAGGUACAAUUAUCCAUUUGUAUCAACAUGAAAGGUAAGCGUUAGAGAGAAAAAUAUAGAAUCCCCCAUAGCAUUCUGAUAGUGAUGAGGCAGGUCUGUAGUUUAUUGUAUCCUCUACUUCAAUUUCUGUGCCUCAGAAAAAUUAUAGUUCAUUGGCAUUGUCAAACUUGUAAAAGUUAAAUUAUCAGUGAAGCUCUUUGGGAGGCUUUUUAGUUUUCACGACUUAUGUUGCAUAUGUUUUUCAGAGUGAUCAAUAACAGGUAACAAGGUACUUGUAGACAUGAAACCAGUACUGGGAGAAAGUUUUUAGAAUGGGCCAAUAUUUUCUUCAUCUUUAACUGCUCAUCAUAGCACUUUAUGUCUUUGGGCUAAAUACCUACUUAUUAAACAUGGCAUGAAGGUUAUGGAAAAUAUCCUUUCUAGGGCCACAUAGGAUCUCACUUCCUGUUUUCAAGAAUGUGAGUCUUAGUACAGGCCCUGGCUACAGGCCUUAUUAUGGCAUGUGCAUAAACUACUUUAUUAGGACAUAAAACACAUAUGUAAUCUCAGAUAAUUUGACAUUUUUCCUCUAAUUUAGUAUACCAACAUCACAAGUGAUGAAAUAAAAGUCAGAUCACUCACUUCCCAUUGUAUACAAGUGAAACCAAGGACAAGAGAAUUUAAAUUAGUUAUUCACUUAUUUGUUUAUUUAUGCAUGCAUUCAGAAAAUGAUUGUUGAAUGCAUACCAAGUACAGAUCACUAUAAUGAAUGUUAUAAUAGACUAGAGAAUCAAAUGUGGAAUAAAGAACUUGAAUUCAAAUCCCUAAAAUCCUAGACUAAUUUAUUUUUCUUUGUAGUUCUGCUCAACGUUCUGGAAUUAUGGUUUAAAUAUUAAGUUAUAAAUAAUGCAUAUUAAGGAUUUUGUGCCCAAAAUUCCAAGUGCUUUACAAACCCUAUCUCAUUUAAUCCUGUAAUAACCCAUGAAAUAGGCCUUGGCACUAUCUUCUUUCUUACACACGAGGUCAGUGAGGCUCAGAAACAGGAAGUAGCAAAGGCCCAUAGUUAACAGUGACAGGGCUGAUUGUCAUGAACUCCAAAGGCUCACCUGUCUCAUAACCUCUGCUGUUUUUUCUCUGGACUUUGUCUGUUCCUUGUCUCUUCAACUCUAAGUGAAAGGGAGGCCAGGGAGAUCCUAGCCUGACAUGUUUCCUAAAAGUCAUUAUUUAUUUUUAAAUUAUAUAUACAACUAGGCAUGCGUCUUCUAAGAAGACAAAGGAGGGGCAGAUUUGGAAGGGUAGUUUUUCCUGCUGUGGGCUGUACUUUAUGCCACAAACAUUAUAUGGAAUCAUAAUAUUGCAGAACAAAUUUCUGAUAAGUAUUGGUCCAUUAUGAAACCCCAAGUGGCAGACCAGGUUCCACCCAGGAGGAUUCUACCCGUUUCUGUGUGCUAUGCUGCAUUAAGGUCACCAGGGCAAGUUUCACAAGUAAAAUAGGUGUGUGAGUGUAGAUAUGUGUAUUCAUACAUAUAUGUAUUUAGAUUUCUUCUAGUUUCACCUUUGAGUUUAAAACUGUUUUUAAAAUUCAAGUCAGCUCAGAAAUCCAACAGAAUUGAAUGCCCCCAACAUCUCACUGUUGCUGCUGUAGGCUGGGGAACAGAGGCAGCAGCAGAAAAGGGACUGCACUGACAUAGGUGAAAGAGUGUGAGUAUGUGUGUGUGUGUGUGUGUGUGUGUGUGUAUGUAUGU